CUAGAAUUCGUUGGAGACGCUUGGUUCCCGGUGGCGCGUAACGCAUACAUACACAUCGACAGUUCGACUCUCCUACCCAUCCCCUGCGGUGACUUUCUAGGACCCCGUUAUGCAGUGUUUUCGUGAAUGAAAACGCAUUGGAAAAGGAAGGAGAAAUAAAUGGGAAAAUUACAGUACGACGCCUCCGUCGUAUAGUUUUCCGCGUAGCAGAGGCUCAUCUGUGAUAUUCGAGGGGUUUUCGGUGUGCGAUAGCAUUCAGGCAGCCACGCUAAAAAGGCCGGUGAGUGCGUGGGGGAAGACGUGAGAUGAAAAUCUAGUGGUUUUUCUGCCGGUGCAAUCGUUAAGUGCAUGUGCGUGCAUCGUAAUUGCCGUCGUCGUUACUGUGAACCCACGAAAGGCCCGCUGUUUGCACCUCAUUCCAGCGGUAGGGCGAAUUCCAGAGUGGCUUCAGAGCGUUCGCUUUUGUUAUAGUUGGUGCUCUUCGAAAAGUUUAUCAUCAAGCCGGAUAACUGCUUACCCCUGCACGAGGGGCCCCUCGUACACCAUAAAGAGGCCCAGGCCCUUGGCGUCUGGGGCACGUUGGACUAGGGCAGUGUGAGGGUAGCGACCAGGUGCCUUCGCAACCCCUUCCCUCCUACAACGGCCAAGCGAUAAUGGAGAUUUUCGUGUGAAAUUUUUGGUGAAAUUUACCCCAAAGUGCGCGCGCGGAUCAUUGUCGAUUGUUGUGGAAACCAAAUCGUGAAGUAGCCGGCGAAGAAGGAGAAGAAAUAGAUGGAAAAAAUCGGCUACCUGGGCAACCGUCUGUAGUCUUUCCAACUGCAGCCGAAGGUAGGAAGAGGGAAAGUGCGUGGCUGCAGCGCACAACGGGAAUACAUGCGUUUAAGCAAAGGAAGGAAAGGAAAAGAAGGAAAAGAAAGGAAGUGGUGCAGCUGAAAAACAUGUUCGUUAUUUUUUGGUUAUUUUGUGCGGUAUGAAGUGGCCGUGUGCGGAGCCGUAGUGCGCUGAAAAACCGCCGGAAAACGGCGUACCUAGAAACCAGUGGGAAGAGGGGUAAAAAAAUAAAAGUGGUGGAAAAAGCAGCUCAUCUAGCAGCAGCUUUGUUGCUGGCACGCAGCCUGCUAAGAGUGGUGCACCCAAGAAAAGUGCGAGUACGGUGUGCCGUGUAUGUGUGUGUGUGUUUCGUAUGUGGCUGUAGGAGCGUUGGUGUCGCAGUGGAGAACGGUGGCCAAGCGGAACGCGCCGCACUUAUUGGGAAGAAAAAUAGCAAACGAAUCUCACGAAGUAGCCGAUCAGUAGAAGAAUAGGUGCUGGAAAGAAGAAGUUCCUUCCGAGAGAGUGUCGCGGGAACAAGCCCAACAGCAGCAUAAUCAUUGUUGCUAGCGGUUUCUAUCUACCCGUUGUUUAUUCGGGGCGGUUUCGCGGUGUCUCGUUGUUUUUAAGCUCCAUUUAAUUUUCGGCCCUUCGCAACCCCCUCAGGAGCGUGUGCUCUUCGGGUGCUGUCUGUCCAUCACCUGGAGGCAGAAAACUAGCGAUUUUUCAUAGUUUUCCACCCGUCAAAGCGCGCGCGAUCACGCCGUUGCUUUAAUUUACCGCUCAGACCAUGAAUUGGAUGUACAUCUUAGCCUACGUCUACAUAUCGUCACAUUUUCUGCUGCUUGAGGUUGCCGGUUCGGGACUGUUCGAGUUGGAGUUGCGCUACUUUCAAAACGAGAAAAGCAUCGACCACAAUGAAAAGUGCUGCUCGGGAAGGGCGGACGCGCUCGGACGGUGCAUCGGCACAUGCAAAACACGGUUCCGGGCCUGCCUGAAGCACUACCAGGCCACCAUCGACACCACGUCGCCCUGCACCUUCGGUGACGUCAUCACGCCCGUCCUCGAAGGGACCACGCUCAACUUUACCGCGAUCGCGAGCUCCACGGAGGGUUUCGCCAAUCCAUUGCGGUUUCCGUUCGAAUUCGGCUGGCCGGGCUACUUCACGCUGAUCAUAGAAGCAUGGCACGACACGAACGAAACGACGAGCCGAUCGCCCGGCACGCUCAUUUCCCGGCUUUCGAUUCAGCGGAUACUGGAGGUUUCGGCCGACUGGAUGGAAGACAGUUACAACUCAUCGCACACGAUGAUACGGUACGCGUUCCGGGUGACGUGCGAUCCGAACUAUUACGGUGCAGGCUGUGCCAAUUUGUGCCGCAAGCGGGACGAUCAAUUUGGCCAUUACACCUGCUCACCGACCGGUGAACGCGUGUGCCUGUCCGGCUGGCAAGGCGAAUACUGUACCUUCGCACGAUGCACUCCCGGAUGCACUCACGGACACUGCAACAAGCCGAACGAAUGCAUCUGCCAGUCCGGUUGGAAGGGGCCGCUGUGCGACGAGUGUGAACCUUAUCCGGGCUGCGUAUACGGAACGUGUAAAAAGCCCUGGGAAUGCAUCUGCAAGGAAGGCUGGGGCGGGCUAUUUUGCAAUCAGGACUUGAACUUUUGCACCAACCACAAGCCGUGUCAGAAUGGGGGCACCUGCUUCAAUACUGGUCAGGGCUCGUACACGUGCCAGUGCCGGCCGGGCUAUACGGGAACCGAGUGUGAGUCGAGCAUAACGAGCUGUACCGACAAGCCGUGCCUGCACGGGGCCACCUGCCACGAGUUGGUCGAUGACGGGGACUCCACUGCAUCCGGACCGGUGCCUUCUCCGGACGACGCAACCGAAGAGAGCGCUGAUCGCAAGUACCGGUGCCACUGCACGACCGGUUGGAUGGGAACACACUGCGAACGGGAAGCGAUCACUUGCGCCGAAAAACCCUGCCAUCAUGGUACCUGCAUCGAUACGCCUUCGAACGGUGGUGGCGGCGGUACUGGCUCGUCGUCGUCGUCGUCAUCUUCAUCCAGCUUUCGAUGCGACUGUCCUACCGGUUACAGUGGGACGACGUGCGAAAUAAAGUCCGGCGAGUGUUAUUCAAACUUCUGUGCGAACGGAGGAACAUGCCACGUGGCGGGAUCAUCGGCAUCAGCGUCCGCAUUAUCGACGUUGCUCAGUCACACGUCGAGCAAUGAUGCGGGAGCCAGCGGAUUGCUCAUGUGCCUGUGCCCCGACGGUUUUGUUGGCGACCGGUGCGAGGAGAAUGUGGACGAUUGCGUCGGAAAACCGUGCCUAAAUGGUGGCACCUGCCUCGAUGCGGACAAUCACUUCAAGUGUCAGUGCGUGCCUGGCUUCAUCGGGACGCACUGCGAGGAAAAGGUGGACCUUUGCCUCACGAAACCGUGCGCGAACGGGGGCACCUGCACAAAUCUCAACAACGACUACCGAUGCCAGUGUCGGGCUGGAUUCGCGGGCAAGGAUUGCAGUGCGGACGUGGACGAAUGCGCAUCGGCCCCGUGCCGUAACGGUGGUACAUGCAUUAACCGGGUGAAUAGCUUCCAGUGUGUGUGUGCAGGGGGGUUUCGCGGCUCAACCUGCGAACUGGAGUCACCAACGUCGUCCACCUCCGCCGCCGUGCAGAGAGCGGCCGUCGUCAGCAACGGUGACAUCCAGCAUCACCAUCAUCACCCGCAGCAGCAGCUGCGGCACGCCAUCGCUGGUGGUGACUUGGCUGGCGGAGUCGGUGUCCGCCGCAAUGCCGACGGAUUAAGUAGUGGCCAGAUUGUGCUGAUCGCUAUACUUUCCAUCUCGACUCCAUUGGCUGCGUUCAUAGCGGCUGCGAUAGUCAUCUGCCUCAAGCGCAAGCGUCAGCGAGAACAGGAGAAGGAUGACGCUGAAGCUAGGAAGCAGAACGAACAGAACGCGUCGCACAAUCUCUCCUCUUCGCACCAUCAUCAUCACCUGCAGCAGCAGCAACAGCAGCAGCAGCAUCAUCAGCAAUCGUCCUCGACCUCACCUUCGUCGGCGCAAGGCGCCUCACAGCAUCCGGGCUCGCAACAGCAGCAACUCCAACAGCAGCAACAACAACAGCAGCAGUACCAUGGGUUUCACAAUCACCACCUUUCAGCUGGGCAAAAGCGCAACAGCAGCAAUACGCUGUCGAACUUCGACAGCUCCCAUCAUAUGAUCAAGAACACCUGGGACAAGAGCAUCAACAACAUGCCACCCCCUCCAGCCAUCGCUUCGAUCACAACGUCAGCGUCGAGUGGUGGAGGCGUGAGUUGUAGUGGCAGUGCAGGUGGUGCUGGUAGUGGCAGUGUAGCUGUCGGCUCUAGCUCGCUACUUCUUGGCGGUGGUGCUGGUAGUGGCGGUGUAGGUCUAGACGACAGCAGUUGCCUUAUGAGUGCGAGCUCUGGGGCGAACGGAGUCACCAGUUCCGGUGGGCUGCUCUACCUGAGCGCCGCGGAAGAUUCGUCGAUGGCGUCCUGUUCCACGUUACAACGUGCCAAAUCGCAGAAGCAACUCAACACGGACCCCUCGCUGUUACAGCAACACCACAAUAAUACGUUGCUGUCUCAAACGACCGGCAUGCAUUCUUCCUCCGGUAACGGAGGAUCGUCGGUGGCAGCAGUAGUACCGUCCGUAGCAGCCACGGCCGGAGGAUCAACGGCGAUGGCAUCACAGUGCAGCGGUGUUGGUGCCGGCAGUAGCGGGAAGGAUUUAUACGAUAAACGCAUAUCAGUCCUCUCCGAAUCAGGCCGACUUUGCCAUACCCGUUGGAACGGCAGUCCCGUUGUUGUGGGCGGUAGUCAUUCCAUAGUCGGACCUUGCAGUCCUCCUCACAUUUAAGCAGCAUUAACGUUCAACACUCAACCUUAUUCCCGCAAAGCAUUUAGAGUCAAACAUCGCGAUCACGUUGGAAGUAUAGAAGGUAAUUGGUUUUACUACUACUUUUGCUUUCCACCGCUACAUUAACUGCGAGAAAGGAAUCGCAAGACUAUCUUGAUGUGCACAUUAUGACUGCUUUGUAGUGAUUCUAUUUUUUUCCUGUAUAUUAAGAUGUUUUCACCUGAUACGAGGACGACAAUUGAUCUCCUGAUUAGCUGAAUGUAAAUUUUAUGUAGUUACUUCACUCAAUUUUUUGCGUGGGCUUUGCAGCUUACUUUCUUUCUUUUUGUUUUGAACUGUAACACAGUGAACACAUUGUUUACUUUGUUUUAUCAACUUUCUACUAUUGCUAUCACAUAGAACUUUUAUGAAUUAUGAUGGAUAAAGGAGCGAGAAUUGUAAAGAUGCGUGUGUACAGAUAUAAUUUGGAGAAGAACAAAUAUGAUGGAUGUUCCAACAAAAACGUUUGCAUGGUACUUAAGAAAUUAAACAAAGUACAUAUAUUUGUAAUAAUUAAAAGCAAUUGGUCAAUGUUAGAUUCAUUGUUGGAGGACGAUGAUAAGGAUGUUUUAAACUUUUUUAAAUUUCAUUGCAAUGGUAUCAAUCUCAUUAAAUAUCGUCUUUGAAAAUUGAAUCCUUUUUUUUUGGUUUUUUGUUUUUUAUUGUACAUGCAUUUAAAUACACAGUUUUGAUGAAGAGUUUUCUUAAAGAGAGACAACACAAAAGUAAGCAAGAAUUAUGUAAUCACAUCUCAUUGCAAUUCCUUCAAACUUAAUUCUGAUGUGUUGAAGGUAAAUAAGAAGGGAACUUUAAAUUUGCCAUUGCAAAUCGACAGACUUUGCACCAAGCAAAAUAGUAAACAGAAUUGAUGUAUUCCGGAUGAGUGAUCAAUUUUUCAUAGCUUUGUUGUUUUUGGCCAGUAAAUACUUAAUAUAUUCGCAAAAAAUAAUAUCAUUAGUAAUCAAACGGGGUCGAGUUGGACCGUACAUGAGUUAACUAUUAGCAUAAUGAAUGGCUUCGAUGAUAAUUACCAGCAGUUAAACAAUACUGCACAAUAUAGGCAUGGAAAAAAUAAACAAGGUUACGCCUCGCAUAACCACCUGUUGGUCAGUCAGAAGCCGGAGGAGUUGAGCGAAAAAAACGUACCGUGCAGUUUUGAUUUGCGCGCGGUAGCACGCUCAUCCGUUCCAAGUAUAUUCUUCUCGUCCAAGUUUUUGCCAUGUAAAGUGUUGUAUUUAAACGCAUACAGAGUUAUUAUAUACAAUUUUAUAUUUAAAUGUAUAUCAUUAGAUAAAAA